AUGAGUGUCGUCGGUGUCGAUUUCGGUUCUCUCAACACCGUCAUCGCCGUCGCGAGGAAUCGGGGUGUCGAUGUGAUCGCAAAUGAAGUCUCCAACCGGGCAACUCCGUCCCUCGUUGGUUUCGGCCCCAAGUCCCGCUACCUCGGCGAGCCGGCGAAGACCCAAGAGAUCUCCAACCUCAAGAACACCGUUGGCUGCCUAAAGCGCCUUCUUGGACGGUCGCUCAAUGACCCCGAUAUCCAGAUCGAGCAGAAGUUCAUCUCGGCGCCCCUGGUCGACAUCAAUGGUCAGGUCGGCGCUGAGGUCAACUAUCUCGGCAAGAAGGAGCGGUUUACCGCGACGCAGCUUGUUGCUAUGUUCCUCAGCAAGAUCAAGCAGACAGCCGCCACUGAGCUCAAGCUCCCGGUGUCGGACGUCGUCCUGAGCGUGCCAGCUUGGUUUACCGACGCCCAACGCCGCGCGUUGAUUGAUGCCGCCGAGAUUGCCGGCUUCAAGCCUCUCCGCCUUAUCAACGACACCACGGCCGCCGCUCUCGGCUACGGCAUCACCAAGCUGGACUUGCCCGCCGCUGACGAGAAGCCCCGCCGUGUCGCCUUUGUCGACGUGGGCUACAGUGACUACUGCUGCUCCAUUGUCGAGUUCAAGAAGGGCGAGCUCGCUGUCAAAGGUACCGCUUUCGACCGCCACUUCGGUGGCCGUGAUUUCGAUCGGGCGAUUGUCGAGCACCUACAGAAGGAGUUCCACGGCAAGUACAAGAUCGACAUCUUCACCAACCCGAAGGCCCUGACCCGUGUCUACGCUGCCGCCGAGAAGCUCAAGAAGGUGCUGUCUGCCAACCAGCAGGCGCCCAUGAACAUCGAGUCGCUCAUGAACGACAUCGACGUGCGCGCUAUGAUCACACGCCAGGAAUUCGAGGCCAUGGUGGAGCCCCUACUCAACCGUGUCAAUCUCACUCUGGAACAGGCCCUCGCCGACGCCAAGCUGAGCAAGGAGGACAUCGACAUCGUCGAGGUUGUUGGCGGCGGCAGCCGUGUACCUGCCAUCAAGGAGCGCAUCCAGGCUUUCUUCGGCAAGAACCUCUCUUUCACACUGAACCAGGACGAGGCUAUUGCUCGUGGCUGCGCCUUCAGCUGCGCCAUCCUCUCUCCCGUUUUCAAGGUGCGCGACUUUACCGUUCAAGACGUCAUCAGCUACCCGAUCGAGUUCGCUUGGGAGAAGGAUGCCGACAUCCCCGACGAGGACACCAGCCUCGUUGUCUUUAACAAGGGCAACGUGAUGCCCUCGACCAAGAUCCUCACCUUCUACCGUAAGCAGCCCUUCGACCUGGAAGCUAGAUACGCCAGCCCCGAUGGCCUCCCCGGCAAGAUCUCACCUUUCAUCGGCCGCUUCUCCGUCAAGGGAGUCAAGGCGACGGAAGGACAGGAUGACUUCAUGAUCUGCAAGCUCAAGGCCCGGGUGAACAUCCACGGCAUCCUGAACGUCGAGAGCGGCUACUACGUCGAGGACCAAGAGGUGGAGGAGGAGAUCAAGGAGGAGGGGAAGCAGCAGCAGGAAGGGGAGAAGAAGGACCCCGAUGUGAGUAUUCUUAUGCAGGAUGGAAACCCCGCCUUAUCGGUGGCCUCUGAGCAGGUGGGCGCCCGCGAGCCCUCGGGUUCGCCGAAGAGGGAGUCGAAACGUCGCAAGACCGAUCCUUCUCCUGCAUCUGGCGAUUCCCGGGGCGAGGCGGAUGAGGAGACAACGAGAGACGGGCUAACUGAUUCAUUCCAAAAGGCCAUGGACACAGACGCCGCCAAGGAGGAGAAGCCCAAGACGCGGAAGGUUAAGAAGCAAGUUCGGAAGGGCGAGCUGCCCAUCGUCAGCGCUACACAAUCGCUCGAGCCGGCCGCCAAGAACGCGGCUAUGGAGAAGGAAAACGCCAUGGUCAUGGAAGACAAGCUGGUGGCCGACACGGAGGAGAAGAAGAACGAGCUCGAGACAUACAUCUACGAGCUGCGCAACAAGCUUGACGACCAAUACCGCGAGUUCGCAAGCGAGGAGGAGAAGGAGAAGAUCCGCGAAAAGCUCACCGCUACUGAGGACUGGCUCUACGAUGAGGGUGACGAUUCCACCAAGGCCGUCUACAUCGCCAAGAUGGACGAGAUCCGCGCCCUAGCCGGGCCCGUCGUCCAGCGCCACUUCGAGAAGGUCGAGGCCGAGCGCCAGGCGCUACAGGCCAAGCUAGAGGCUGAGCGGGCGGCCAAGAAGGCGGCUGAGGAGGAGGCGCGCAAGGCUGCCGAGGCCGAGAAGGCGCAACAAGAAGGCGGCGCCAACAAUGGCGGAUCCAAGGACGAGGAGAUGACGGAUGCCGAUGCCCCGCCCAAGGCUGAGGUUGAGGAGGCGGGUGACCCUUAA